AUGUCAGAGAAGGAAUUAUACGACCUAUUCCAUCAGCCCCCUUCCAUUACCGGGGAAACAGACGCAGUGUGUCACUACUUUCAGAUAAACUUGGUGCUCCACGAGUACCUCCACAACGAGUACCGACGCUCCUUCGUUGAGUUCCACUUCAAGCUGUGCGACAUGAUCAACUCGGACCCGUACGUGGGUGCCAUGGUGGCCAACGUUGGGAUCACUUGCCCAGUACCACCGAAAUUGCAACAUUUAGUAAACAUGACAGUGCCGUCGACUGUCAAUUUCAAAUUCAAGUGGCCUUUCAAGAAGUGCAUGGCGCAGGUGGAGUUCGCGCUCACGUCGACCGGCGAGUCGAUGGCGAUGGGCAACUUCUACCUCACUUUCGCUGAUAAGAAGUUUCAGCUGUAAUUUUAUGAAAAUUAAAGUUUUGAAACUAUAACUAGUGUAAUUACUACAGUAAUGUGCAAAAAUAAGGCAAGAAAGUACCUACCUAUGUACCUAUGUUAUGUAGUACCUAAUCCAAUUUAUUUUAUUCAAGUAACAAGAUUUAUCACAACACAAAGCCUUACAAUUUACAAUAUACCUAAGGUUUAUU